GUUACAGCACCGCACCCGACCUCGUAGCAAACUCGAUCGAUAACGUUGCGUUUACCUCACGAACGCUUCCUUGCUUGACGACUUACCUGAAAUCAGUUUCACAAAAUUAGCUUUUGCAAUUGCACUAGCAGGUAGUCCCAAGCAGCGACGAGUGGCGGUUUAAGCACAAACAACUUGAGGGGCGCCUUGUUUGCAGCAGGCGGCAGCCAUGGCGCUCCCGAAGUCGGAGAUGGAGCAUGCGGACGCCAAGGUGUUUGAGCACGCGGCGGUCAUUAGUAACUCAGAGGUAGCUACAAUCCUGACGGAGUAUAUGCGACAGCGGCGAGAGGAGAAGCCGACGUUCCAGCCGCAGCCGCUGGUGCAGAAGACGCUCGAGUACGUGCAGAAGUUCAACUGCGGCACCAACCCCGAGGCCGUACAGGCCAUGCGCAACUACAUCGAGUCCAUUGGGUUGCGGCCGUACGAGUGGGGCCUCAUCGCCAACCUGAUGCCCGAGGACAGCGACGAGGCAACCAAGCUCAUACCCAGCCUGGUGGACAACCCGGAGGACCCGCCCGAGGAGCAGCGCGGUCUGGCGGGCGACGAGCUGGACCGACUGCUGGCCGAGGUGCAGAACCUGCGCCACGCAUAGGCGGGCAGUGGCGGCGGCGGCCGAUUGCGGGUCCAUUAGGGCUGAAGGGCUGUGGCGGCUGCUGUGGCGGCGGCUGCUGUGGCGGCUGCUGUGGCGACUGCUGUGGGGACUGCGACUGCUGGCAGGGAGCGGGUGGAGCAGGGACAGCGACAGGCGCAGGCGAACGGGGGAGCUUGACUAUGUGUGUGUGGGGUGGGGAGAACUCAAGGUGGUACAGGCCCGGAGGGGUAUGAUCGGGCUGGGGAGGACCAGGACCCGGCAAGUAAGCGGACCGCUGGAGGGUGCAGGUGUCUGGCUGUGUGCAUGUCUGUUCGUCUGUCUGGGGGCCUGGCCGACAUGGGCCGACAUGGGCCGAUAUGGGCGUGCAGAUGCGGUGGCGAUACCUGCCUGGUCCUGUGGAGGUCGCGUGGACGUGGCAGUAGGAGGCCCAGGGGCGCCGCUGGGAGGCCCAGGAGGCCCAGGGCGCGUGGGCGCCGGCAGUUGGAGCUGCGUCAUGUGCGGAUGCAGUCACAGGGUUACUGCGGCACAGGGCAGGCUCCUGCGUCCCUGCUCGCAGCUAUGCUGAGGCUCGAGGCUGCGCAAUGGCCGGGAAGACAAGGCGCUGGUGCCGAUACGCGGACACGGGUGUGGUAGGCCGCUGGCGAUGUCCGUCAGCAGUGCCUCGUCCAGUGCCUGGGGUAUAGGAACAGCAAUGGCUGCUGUAUUUAGGCAUGGGGGGCGGCCUGGGCCGAGGCCAACCAUAGCUGGUGUGGAGCAGGGUAUGUAAAGGCAAGGAGAC